AUGGAUAAAUACUUACGCCCGGAACGGUUUGAAGGGGAUCCAUCAAAAAGCACCGCUACCACAGAAUGGAAGCAUUGGAAGAAAACCUUUAACAACUUCCUUGCGGUGCAAGUUCUUACAUCCGAUCCGGUAAAAUUAAACAUACUAAUUAACCACUUAUCUCCGAAUAUCUAUGACUUUGUAAGCGAGUGCCAGACGUUUGAACAAGCGAUUGACGUACUAGAUGGUAUUUUUAUCAAACCCCAAAACAUCCUGUACGCACGACACGCUCUCGCCACUCGAAAACAGAACAGCGAUGAAACCAUCGACACAUAUGUUCAAGCUCUAAAACAUUUAUCUAAAGAUUGUAACUUCACUGCUGUCGACAGUAAUAAAAACCGAGACGAUAACAUUCGCGAUGCCUUCAUAGCAGGAAUUUCUUCAACAAAAAUAAGAGAAAGACUUCUUGAAAACCUUAGCCUAACGUUGGAUGAAGCUCACAACCAAGCUCGCUCCUUAGAGAUGGCAGAAGUCAACACACGACAUUAUAAUAAUCCUGCUCCUGUGAAUGCGAUUAGCGAAAACUUUCGGAAUACUCCCACCUCUAGUGAAGCCGUCUCUGCUGCCACACCAACCCUCCCCAAUCGCUCAAAUCGUAAAUGUUUUUACUGUGGAGGACGCGUGCACGCACGCAAAACUUGUCCCGCUUUCGACACCUCUUGUCAACUUUGCAACAAGAAGGGACAUUAUGCUAGCGUUUGUCGAAGCAGGAACACAACCAGCGCUGCGGUAUUCGAUACGAAUGAUGUCAGUGAAAAUAUCGUCGCCGCUUCACCAUCAUCUUUACGCCGAACGAUUGUGCCUACAUAUAUCAAAGGUAUCAAAGCUGAAGUCUUGCUAGAUAGCGGCAGUGCACAUAGCUAUAUGAGUUCAGAAUUCGCUGAAUUAAGCUCAAUGAAGAGUAAGCCAAGUAAGCAAACUAUAACGAUGGCUCAACGAAGUCAUAGCGCGCCAUGUAAAGGAGAAGUUAAUAUCACUCUUACAUUGGGUAAGCACUCAUACGAAAAUGUGAAAUUACAAAUAGUAGAAGACCUAUGUGCCGACGUGAUUAUAGGACUUGACGUACUUAGUCAGCAUUCCUCUGUAGAAUUCGAGUUUGGCGGCCCCAGAGAGCCAUUAAUUGUUUGUAACGUGACCGAAGCAUCUGUGCCUGCAGUACCCCUAUUCGGAAACUUAACUCCAGGAUACAAACCAAUCGCCAUCAAGUCACGGCGAUACAGUAACGAUGAUCGAUGUUUCAUUGAAAACGAGGUAAAGAACCUUUUGAAGGGAGGCAUCAUAGAAGAAAGUAGGUCACCAUGGCGAGCGCAAGUACUAAUUACUAAAUCUGCGACUCAUAAGAAACGUCUUGUAAUCGACUACUCAAGAACAAUCAAUCGGUACACUGAACUAGAUGCUUAUCCACUCCCCAGCAUUGAAGAAUUAAUUUCAAAAGUAGCGACAUACUCUGUCUUUAGCGCUAUAGACUUAAAAAGCGCUUAUCACCAGGUGCCGAUAUUGCCAGAGGAAAGACAUUUUACUGCCUUCGAAGCCGCCGGAAAUCUAUAUCAAUUCCGACGGAUCCCGUUCGGUGUUACUAAUGGAGUUUCCAGCUUCCAGAGAACCAUCGAUUGGCUUAUACGGGCAGAAAAAUUAACUGGCACAUUUGCUUAUCUUGAUGACAUAACAAUAUGCGGCAAGACACCUGAAGAACAUGACACAAAUUUGAGAAAUUUUCUCAAGGCUGCUGAGAAGUAUGGAUUAACCAUAAAUGAAAGCAAGUCAAUUUACAAACAAACCUCAAUCAAUAUACUUGGUUACACUAUCGCCAACAACGUCAUUAAGCCUGACAGCUCCCGGCUAGAACCUCUCUUAAACUUGCCACCACCACAUGAUUUGCCUAGUAUGCGUAGAGCUUUAGGUUGGGUUGGACAGACCGCAGACACCGCCUGUACCAUCGUGUUCGCCAACACCGAUAACACCUCAUUCAUCACCGACACCUCCUUCAUCACCGACAGCACAUUCGCCUCCAGCUUCGCCUUUUGCCACGCCUUCUUCACAGUCACCAUCGGAAAGCUUGCAAGACGAGGCAGAGCAACCGCGCCCAGACAGUGGUGA